CCCCCCCCCCGAGAAGCACUUCCGCGUUCACCUGACCGACAACGAGAACACAACACAAAGUCUAUUUCGAGUUUUGAAUUAUUGCAGGAUUUUAAUGUGGACUUCCGGAGCCAAACGGAGGAAAAGUGCAUACCAGACAAGAAAUCCUUAAAUAUAGCCUUCAUCUGCAUCCUUUCUCCAACGUAUAAAUGGCUUCAUCUUCUUUGCUUCGACUUUAAUCAUCCCAAAUUGUAUCGGGGGAGGAAAUGUUGCACCUUUACAAAAAACAUCCAACGAUUCUCCUUUGAAAAGAAGAAAGACACAAAAAGAACAACUCGUACUCUCCGGAAGUGGCGAAUGCGAAAUAGGACACCUGUCGAAGGUUUGCGGCCAGAGCGGCUGAGUAGAUGAACACAUCAUCUGACCGAUUCCCUCCAGGAUGACCGGCGGCAUGAAGACCGAGCUGGUCAGCGCCAUCUGCCUGCAGGAGGUGGAACUGUCGGACAGGCCGUCGGAUUGCCGAGAGGACGUGACAAACCACGCUGACACCUUCACGGUGGAGGAUGCCGUGGAGCGCAUCGGUUUUGGAAGAUUCCACUUGCUGCUCUUCAUCAUCAUGGGAAGCUCCAACAUUGUGGAGGCCAUGGAGAUCAUGUUGCUGGCGGUGGCUUCCCCUGAGAUUCGUUGUGAGUGGCGUCUGGAUGACUGGCAGGUGGCGCUGGUGUCCACGAUGGUGUUUUUGGGCUUCAUGGUGUGCGGCGUCCUCAGCGGAUUCGUGGCUGACAAAUAUGGCCGCUGGAAGGUUGUGUUUGGAGGCUUCGUGUGGAGCGCCUACUUCUCCCUCCUCACCUCCUUCGCUCCGUCCUACCCUUGGUUCAUCUUCCUGCGCAGCAUGGUGGGCUGCGGCGUGGCGGGAGUGUCGCAGGGGUUUGUGUUGAAGACGGAGUUCAUCCCAGCCAAAUAUCGGGGCGUCCUGCUGCCUUUGGCCUCUGUCUUCUGGAUGAUUGGGUCCAUGCUCAUCAUCAUACUGGGAAUGCUGGUGGUCCCCACACUGGGAUGGAGAUGGAUGAUCCGCAUCUCUGUGGCCCCGAGCAUCAUCCUCAUCUUCCUCUUCAAGUUCAUUCCGGAGUCGGCUCGCUUCAACGUGUCGGCAGGGAACGUUCAGGCCGCCGUGGACACGCUCAACCGGAUCGCCAGGAUGAACAAAGCGUCUCUUCCGCCAGGAUGUCUGGUGGAGCCCGUGGUGGAGAAGAGGGGCAACUGGAGGGUUCUGCUCAGUUCCACGUUCAGGAGGACAUCCUUGCUGCUCUGGUAUUCAUGGUUUGUGGCGUCCUUCACGUACUACGGGUCGGUGCUGAGCAGCUCCGAGCUUCUGGAGAAGAACCUGCUGUGCGUGACGGACGGCAACCACGAGCAUCGGGUCAAACACCGCCCUGAGGACGGACGCUGUUACUGCAUCCCCUUCGCCUCCAGCGACUACCGCACGCUCCUCAUCAGCUGCCUGGGGGAGGUCGCACUUGUUCCACUGAACAUCUGCCUGCUCAACGUCUUUGGGCGGAAAAGGAGUUUGAUGGUCUUGCAGCUGAUGGCGGCCAUGUUCUUCCUGAUGCUCAACAUCUGCACCACCAUGUUUGGUUUCACCGUUGUGUUGUUCCUCCUGCGUUCCGUGGUGUCCAUGAACUUCAACGUGGUUUAUAUCUACACGGCUGAGGUGUAUCCGACUGUGGUGCGUUCGCUGGGCUUGGGUUUUUCCACGUCGUUCAGUCGUAUCGGAGGGAUGAUCGCUCCUUUCAUUGCUCAGGUGCUCAUGUCCCAGUCGGUGAUCCUGGCGCUGAGUCCGUUCGCCGUGGCGUGCACGCUGUGUGCGGUGGGAAGCUUCCUGUUGCCCAUAGAAACUAAAGGCCGGGCUCUGCUGCAAAUCUCCUGACGCCUUCACUGACCAAUAUUCCACUCCGUUUUUUGGAAGGUGAAAUACAUGACAGCCAUUGGGCGUGUCCAGGUGCCUUUUUAAAUCAAGUUUUUUAUACUUACACUAGGGCUGUCAAUCCAUUCAGAUAUCUGAUGAAUGGCAUUUUGUCCCCAGUUAACUCCCAAUGAAUGACAUUUGAUGGCAGAUGGAAAUAAUAUCUGUAAUGAGUCGGGAAAUCUCUUGGUGGUAAAGGAUUCCAUGUGCAACUCCAAGGAUAAUGACAUCAAAUGUUAUGUCAAGGAUAUCAAUGUGGGAACUAUGGGCCAUUAUUUACAACAAUA